CCCGCCAGCCAGCGAGGAAGACGACGACGACGGCGACGGCGGCAACGACCUUCCUCCUUUUGUCCACACUUGACAAGGAUGUACUCUCGCUGACUGGAACCUGGACUGGACUGGACCGCAGCGGGACCGGGUCUACUAGUGUGUGUGUGUGGGGGGUGCAGUUGUCAUCAUCAUCAUCAUCAUCAUCCUCCUCCUGGUCGUCGUCGUCAUCAUGGCCGCCAAGUCAGACGGCGUCCUGCGGCUGAAGAAGAGCGAGGUGGCCUUCACGCCGCUGCAGAACUCGGAACACUCGGCCUCGGUCCACGUGCUGCCGCCCGGCCUGAGGACGGCGGACUCGGACUUGGCCAACGGCGGAAGUGGCGGCGUGUCGGCGCGCCAGGACCCGGACCGGGACCGGGACCAGGACCGGGACCGGAGCGGCGGCUGCCGGCAGACGGCGUGGGAGUGUCUGUGGAUCCUGGCCGCCAUGCUGGUCUACUCGGCGGACGUGGGCACGGACGUGUGGCUGGCGGCGGACUACUACACGCAGCGGGACUACUGGUGGUUCGGCCUGACCCUGGUCUUCCUGGUCCUGGGAUCCUUCUGCGUGCAGCUCUUCAGCUUCCGCUGGUUCCUGCACGACCUGGUCCCCGAGGACGAGGCGGACCCGCUGGACGCGCUGCUGGGCGGGGAGGUCAGCCCGAGCCCCAACAGGCAGGAGGCCGCCGCCAGCAGGACCAACAACACCACCUGCACCACCACGCCCAGGACACCACCUGCACCACCACUCUCCGUGUGCGUCUGCGCAUGUCAGGCACUCCUGCACAUCCUGCACCUGGGACUCAUGUGGAGGUACCUGACCGCCAUCUACCUGGGCGUGCGCAGCCGCCAGAGCGGUGAGACGCAGCGUUGGCGUUACCGCUGGAGGAUGAUCUACCAGUUUGCCGACAUCAGCAUGCUGCACCUGCUGGCCACCUUCCUGGAGAGUGCUCCGCAACUGGUGCUGCAGUUGUGCAUCGUCAUCCAGACCCAGGAACUGCUGGCCGUGCAAGGCAUGACGGCGGGCGCCUCCCUGGUGUCUCUGGCCUGGGCCCUGGCUUCGUACCAGAAGGCGCUGAGGGAGUCCCGCGAUGACAAGAAGUCCAUGGGCUACCUGGCCGUGGUGGUCCAGUUCUGCUGGCACUUCUUCACCAUCGCGGCCCGAGUGGUGACCUUCGCCCUGUUUGCGUCCGUCUUCCAACUCUACUUUGGCAUCUUCAUCGUGCUGCACUGGUGCUUCAUGACCUUCUGGAUCGUGCACUGUGAGACCCACUUCUGUGUCAGCAAGUGGGAGGAGAUCGUCUUCGACAUGGUGGUGGGCAUCAUCUACAUCUUCUCCUGGUUCAACGUCAAGGAGGGGCGCACCAGGUGUCGUCUGUUCAUCUACUACUCGGUAAUCCUGGGGGAAAACGCCGCCCUCAGUGCAUUGUGGUAUGUUUACCGCGCUCCCGCCGCCACCGACUCCUUGGCGGUGCCGGCGCUCUGCGUCAUCUUCAGCAGUUUCCUGACGGGGGUGCUGUUCCUGCUCAUGUACUACGCCUUCUUUCACCCCAACGGCCCACGCUUCCCGCACUCGCCCAGCCGCCAGCGCCUGGACCCGGACGCCGCCGCCCACUUCUCCGCGCUGCCGUCCGAGGGCGCCGCCGACUCCCUGCGCUCCAACCCGGGCACCGCCGCCACCACGCUGGAGCGUGACGCCAAGCACUCGGAAAGGGACGGCUGCAUGCCGGUGUUCCAGGUGCGACGCGCCGUGCCGUCCACGCCGUUGUCUCGCGCUCCUCGCCUCGAGGAGACGGUCAUCAAGAUCGACCUGUGCAGGAAUCGCUACCCGGCCUGGGAGCGCCACGUCCUGGACCGGGGCAUACGCAAAGCCAUCCUGGCCAUCGACUGCUCCGUGACGCCGCGCCUGCAGUAUAAGGAUGACGCUCUGGUCCAGGAGAGGUUGGAGUACGAAACCACGUUGUAGUGAGCAGCAACGACGACUGUGUGGCAAUACAAGGUUCCUACUGGUCUGAAGGAAGAUGGUGGACCUGCUCUCUGCUCUCAGGAGAGGAGAAUAUCUUUUUUUUUUUUUACCGAGUCUCAUCAGGGAAGUCCUGUGGGAUACAAGCCAAAACCUGAGACCAUGUGUUGAUCCAGGUUGAUCGGGGUCAACACGUCCAGGAUAAGUUGUUGGAUUCAAACCCUGAGAGAGCACUUUGAACUUGGUUGGUUGGGAACACAUCCAGGACAUGUUGUUGUUGGAUUCAGACCUUGGGAGCAUACUUUGAUGUCUAGUUGGUUAAGGUCAACAUAUCCAGGAUAACUUGCUGUUGGAUUCAGACCCCGAGAGGAUAUUUUUGAUCCGGGUUGGUCGACUCGGGUUCAACACAUUCAGGACAAGUUGCUGUCGGAUUCAGACCCUGAGAGGUUAUUGUGAUCCAGAUUGGUUGACUAAGGAUCAACACACCCAGGAUAAGUUGCUGUUGGAUUCAGACCCAGAGAGGAUGUUUUGAUCCAGAUCGGUUGGCUCGGGAUCAACAAAUCCAGGAGAAGUUGCUGUUGGAUUCAGACCCCAAGACGAUAUGUUGAUAGGUUGGUUGGGAUCAACACAUCCAGAAUAAGUUGUUGGAUUCUGUUCCUGCUCUCAGUGCCAAAAAAACCUUUUGCUGGUUUUCCAACAAGUGUCAACUUUUUAAGAUUCAGAACCAGAAGGAAAAACUACAACAUUUUGAAAGAACUACAGAAUCUCAUUUUAACUCAUAAGAAUCCACUUAAAAAAUAUUCUACUUUACUGGUCUUCAACUGGAGGUGCAGGAUCCGAGUUCGUGCUCAUGGACUUAGAUCGGUCCCAUCUAGCCUUAGACUUCAAUUGGUCACAUCUAGUCUUGGACUUAGAUUGGUCACAUCGAGUCUUGGACUUAGAUUGGUCACAUCUAGUCUUUGACUUAGAUCAGUCACAUCUAGUCUUGGACUUAGAUUGGUCACAUCGACCUAAGUUAUAUUAAUAGGUAUGUCACAUAUGCUAACCGUUAACAGUGUUAGCAUGCUAACAUUUUUGCACAUUUUUCCGCCAUACACCUCAGUCAUAUAAGUUGGUACGUGACACAUGCUAACUGUUAGUAUGCUGGCACGUAAUGUUUGGAUGCUAACUUUUUAACACAAUUUUGCUGCCGUACAACUCGAUCAUAACUUGGUGUGUGACAUGCUAACUUUUAGCAUUUUAACGUCAGCUUGCAAUUUUUUUUGCCAAUUUUACCGCCGUAGACCUCAGUUAUAUAACUAGAUAUGUCACAUAUGCUAACUUUUUUUGCCAAUUUUUUCGCCAUACACCUCAGUCAUAUAAGUUUGGUACGUGACAUAUGCUAACUGUUAGCAUCCAAACAUUAGCGUGUUAGCAUGCUAACUUUUUAAGACAAUUUUGAUGCCUUACACCUCUGUCAUAACUUAGUGUGACAUAUCGUAGCAUUUUAACGUUAGCAUGCUAACUUUUUUGCAAAUUUUGCCACCAUACACCUGAGUAAUUUAACUAGGUAUGUGACAUGUGCUAACUGUUAGCAGUGCUAGCGUGCUAACUUUUUUGCCAUACACCAAAAUCAUGUAAGUUGGUACGUGACAUAUGCUAACUGUUAGCAUGCUAGCACGCUAAUGUUUGGAUGCUAACUUUUUAAGAAAAUUUUACUUGCUGUACACCUCGAUCAUAACUUGGUGUGUGGCAUAUGCUAACUUUUAGCAUUUUAACGUUAGCAUGCUAACUUUUCUGCCAAUUUUGCCGCAAAAUACCUGAGUAAUAUACCUAGGUAUGUGACAUAUGCUAACUGUUAGCAGUGCUAGGAUGCUAACUUUUUGCCAUACACCACAAUCAUGUAAGUUGGUAUGUGACAUAUGCUAACUGUUAGCAUUUUAACAUUAGCAUGCUAACAUUUUUGCCAAUUUUGCCGCCGUACUGCUCAGUCAUAGAACUUGGUGAGUGACACUGUUAGCAUGCUAAUGUUAGCAUUUGUCUAUUUAAUUCGCAGUACAUUUGUGCGACGCUAUAAGAUGUCAUGAACACAAAAACAUGGUUAAUGUGUUCUGUGUCUGGAAAAAGUGGAUUCUUAUGGGUCAGAACAUGACAAAUAGGCUUGUGGAGGCGGACAUGGAGCGAGCAGGUUGUACAGUACUGUGAACAUGCUAACUUUUUCUACUUUCAAGUACUUUAUCGGUACCGACCCAACGCCGACUCACCUACAAUCAAACGGUGCCACAUUUUGAUACUUUUUGUUGUCAUUUUCCAUGCCUGAUGGAAUGAGGCUGUGCUAGCUCGAUGCUAAUUUACAUUGGAUACACCAUAGACGUGCUACUGAUUAGCAUUAGCCAUUUUUUUUUGAAAAUGAUGAAUGGAAUUAGAAUCAGGAUGAGUAAGAACCGUGUUUGGGAUGUGAAGAGGUUCUUAUGUGCAACCCUAGUAACAAGUCCAAUACUUGCAGUGCAAACACUUUGUAGGGCGCGACAAGAGGCAAGACAUCCAAGGUGAUGGCAAAGACUACUUCCUGUCUGCGGCAACACACUGAAGGAAAACUACAGUAGUUGUUGGAAUGUGAAAGUAGCAAAUUGUGUGUGUGUGUGUGUGUGUGUGUGUGUGUGUGUGUGUGUGUGUGUGUGUGUGUGUGUGUGUGUGUGUGUGUGUGUCCUGUGCAACCAUGGUUCCCUCCUGGACUUUGUUCCACCAAAUAGUGUGUUUCCAUUGGAAAGGGACCGAAUAGCCUGGGAAGUAACAUCAUGACCACAAGCAACUGUGACCCCUUUGUGUUGCCAUGGUAACUGCUACUCACAUCCUUGUGUUGCCUUGGUAACUGCUACUCACAUCCUUGUGUUGCCAUGGUAACUGCUACUCACAUCCUUGUGUUGCCAUGGUAACAUCUACUAGCCCCUUUGUGUUGCUAUGGUAACUGCUACUCACACCCUUGUGUUGCCAUGGUAACUGCUACUCGCCCCUUUGUGUUGCUAUGGUAACUGCUACUCACCCCUUUGUGUUGCUAUGGUAACUACUACUCACCCCUUUGUGUCGCUAUGGUAACUGCUACUCACCCCGUUGUGUUGCUAUGGUAACUGCUACUAGCCCCUUUGUGUUGUCAUGGUAACUGCUACUCACCCCUUUGUGUUGCCGUGGUAACUGCUACUCACCCUUUUGUGUUGCCAUGGUAACUGCUACUCACCCUAACAUCACCCAACUUCCUGCUCGCAUUAUGUUGUAACUUUAGGUAGUACCAAGGUAGUACCAGGGUGAUACCAAGAUGGUACCAAUGGGGUACUAAGGUGGUAUCAAGGUAGUAUCAAGGUGGUACAAAUGGAGUACCAAGGUAGUAUAAAGGUAGUAUAGAGGUGGUACCAAGGUAGUACAAAUGUGGUAUCAAGGUAGUACCAAAGUAGUUUCAAGGUGGUACCAAGGUGGAACUAAGGUGGUACCAAGUUAGUACCAAGGUGGUACAAAUGUGGUACCAAGGUAGUAUCAAUGUAGUACUGAGAUUGUACCAAUGUAGUAUCAAGGUGGUACCAAGGUUGUAUGAAGGUGGUAUCAAGGUAGUACACAUGUGGUAACAUGGUGGUACCAAGGUAGUACAAAUGUGGUAUCAAGGUAGUUUCAAGGUGGUACCAAAGUGGAACUAAGGUGGUACCAAGUUAGUACCAAGGUGGUACAAAUGUGGUACCAAGGUAGUACCAAUGUAGUAUCAAGGUGGUACCAAGGUUGUAUGAAGGUGGUAUCAAGGUAGUACAAAUUUGGCAUCAAGGUAGUACCAAGUUGGUACCAAGGUAGCAUCAAGGUACUUCCAAGGUAAUACCAAAGUAGUACAAAUGUGGUAUCAAGGUAGUGCCAAGGUUGUAUCAAGGUAGUACCAAGGUGGUACCAUGGUAAUAUCAAGGUAGUACCAAGGGGGUACCAAGGUAGUAUCAAGGUAGUACAAAUGUGGUAUCAAAGUACUAUCAAGGUAGUACCAAGGUAAUAUUAAGGUAGUACAAAUGUGGUACCAAGGUAGUAUCAAGGUUAUACAAAUGUGGCAUCAAAGUACUAUCAAGGUGGUGCAAAUGUGGUACCAAGGUACUAUCAAUGUGGUAUCAAGGUAGUGCCAAGAUAAUACCAAAGUAGUACAAAUGUGGUAUCAAGGUAGUGCCAAGGUGGUACCAAGGUACUAUUAAGGUUGUACAAAUGUGGUAUCAAAGUACUAUCAAGGUAGUACCAAGGUGGUGCAAAUGUGGUACCAAGGUAGUGCCAAGGUGGUACCACGGUACUAUCAAUGUGGUAUCAAGGUAGUACCAAUGUAAUACCAAAGUAGUACAAAUGUGAUAUCAAGGUAGUGCCAAGGUGGUACCAAGGUACUAUCAAUGUGGUAUCAAGGUAGUGACACAAAAUGUGGUCUCUCGAAGAGUAGUCGGUCUUUGGUAUCCAGUUGGGCGAUUUGUAGUACCAAAGUGGUUCCAAAAGGGUGCUCCCUUGGUGGUACCAAGUCAGGUACAAAGAUGGUCCCUCAAAGUGUGGCCUUUGGUGGUACCAAGCUGGUCCCACAAAAGGUGGUCUGUUCCUGGUACCAAGUUAGGUACAAAGAUGGUCCCUCAAAGUGUGGCCUUUGGUGGUACCAAGCUGGUCCCACAAAAGGUGGUCUGUUCCUGGUACAAAGAUGGUCCCUCAAAGUGUGGCCUUUGGUGGUACCAAGCUGGUCCCUCGAAAAAUGGCCUUUUCCUGACACCAAGUUAGUCCCUGUUUGGUUUUAAAGAAGGUGGUCCCCUUUGGGGGCCAAAGCUGGUCUCAAAAUAGAUGGCCACUUUUUGGUACCAAGGUGGUCCCACAUAAGGUGGUCUAAGUUGGUGCCUUUUGGGGUCCCAAGGUGGUCCCUCAAAAGAUGGACUUUUCGUGGUACCAAGUUAGUCCCUGUUUGCUUAAAAAAAAGGUGGUCCCCCAAGGUGUGGUCCCUUUUGUGGUACCAAGGUGGUCCCACAUAAGGUGGUCUAAGUUGGUGCCUUUUGGGGUCCAAUGGUGGUCUCAAAAUAGAUGGCCACUUUUUGGUACCAAGGUGGUCCCUCAAGGUGUAGUCCCUUUUGUGGUACCAAGGUGGUCCCACAUAAGGUGGUCUAAGUUGGUCCCUUUUUGGUACCAAGGUGGUCCCACAUAAGGUGGUCUAAGUUGGUGCCUUUUGGGGUCCAAUGGUGGUCUCAAAAUAGAUGGCCACUUUUUGGUACCAAGGUGGUCCCUCAAGGUGUGGUCCCUUUUGGGGUCCCAAGGUGGUCUUAAAAUACAUGACCACUUUGUGGUACCUGGGUGGUCCUUCGAAAGAUGGACUUUUCGUGGUAUCAAGUUCGUCCCUGGUUGGUUAAAAACAAGGUGGUCCAAAGGUGGUUUUAAACUAGAUGACACUUUGUGGUACCAAGGUGGUGCCACAAAAGGUGGUCUAGGUUGGUCCCUUUUGGGAUACCAUGGUGGUCUCAAAAUAGAUGGCCACUGUUUGGUACCAAGUUGGUCCCACAUAAAGUGGUCUAAGUUGGUCCCUUUUUGGUACCAAGGUGGUCCCACAUAAGGUGGUCUAAGUUGGUCCCUUUUUGGUACCAAGGUGGUCCCACAUAAGGUGGUCUAAGUUGGUCCCUUUUUGGUACCAAGGUGGUGCCACAAAAGGUGGUCUAGGUUGGUCCCUUUUGGGAUACCAUGGUGGUCUCAAAAUAGAUGGCCACUGUUUGGUACCAAGGUGGUCCCACAUAAGGUGGUCUAAGUUGGUCCCUUUUUGGUACCAAGGUGGUCCCACAUAAGGUGGUCUAAGUUGGUCCCUUUUUGGUACCAAGGUGGUCCCACAUAAGGUGGUCUAAGUUGGUCCCUUUUUGGUACCAAGGUGGUCCCACAUAAGGUGGUCUAAGUUGGUCCCUUUUUGGUACCAAGGUGGUCCCACAUAAGGUGGUCUAAGUUAGUCCCUUUUUGGUACCAAGGUGGUCCCACAUAAGGUGGUCUAAGUUGGUCCCUUUUUGGUACCAAGGUGGUCCCACAUAAGGUGGUC